AUGAGAAGCUCCACCCACAGGGACAAAAGCACUCGGGACGCCUUCCUCUGCUUGUUUCUGUUCUGGGAUUGGGUGAGAGAGGGCCUCCUCUCGGUGCAUCGACACAGACCUACAGAGAGAGGAGACCGCAAAGACAUUCUGGAGAUGCUGAAUAUCGAGAGGGUUUCGGCCAGUUUCCAGGGAAAGCCUCACCCCUACAUGAGGAGCCUCUACCAGCGCCUGACCUCUCUGCAGGGUCAGGAUCCUGACCGAGCCGAGGGGACGGUGGCUCAGAGCGUUCGCAUGAGUAAAGACCCAGACAACAGCCCACACGGAUGGCUCUGGUUCAAUAUCCCUACGGUGUCUCCAUCCACACGCGCAGCAGAGCUGGUCCUCUUCAGAAAAACCCUUCACCCUCUCCCCCUGAACGUGACUGUGAGCCUGCACUCCCUCCGCCUCCCCCAGGACACCCCUCCACAGCAGAGAGAGGCCCUGCAGGAGAGACUGCUGAGCCUGGACCGGAUGCAGCUCUCUGGGUAUGACCUGUGGGAUGUCUGGGACGCAGUGGCGGAUGGAGGAGAGGAGGUGAUGGGUUUCCAGCUCAGGUACAGAGAUGAAGGCGGGAGUCUGGUUCUCCACCACGCUCUGACGCAAAGUUUGUACUGUGUGGACCCAGAGGCGCUGAGGGGCCCUAUCCUGGUGCUGUACGGGGCCCAUGGGAGCGAGUGA